CAUCCAUCAGUUUGAAACAGCAGAACUAAUAACAAGCACACACAGCACGGUUCAAAAACAAAUACAUACAAAUAUACAAUGGCCGUUAAGAUGAUCAUUUUCGCCGCCUGCGUGGCCACCACACUCGCCCAAUACGCUGCCCCAGCAUACCCAGCGCAUCACGCUGAAGCUGAACACGCAUACGCCCCAACCCCGUACAACUUCGAAUACAGCGUAAACGACCCACACACUUACGACGUGCACAGCCAAGCCGAAUCCAGCGACGGAAACGGUAACGUCAAGGGAACUUACAGCCUUUUGGAAGCCGACGGUUCCACCCGCGUCGUCGAAUACACCGCCGAUGACCACAGCGGUUUCAACGCUGAAGUCAAGAAAAUCGAAGGACAGAGCCAAGGUUACAAGGCACCGUACAGCGCACCUGCCCCAGCCUACAAGCCAGCUUACUCCGCACCAGCAUACUCUGCACCAGCUCACUCUGCACCAGCUUACUCUGCCCCAGCCUACAAGCCAGCUUACUCUGCACCAGCAUACUCUGCACCAGCUUACUCUGCACCAGCUUACUCAGCACCCGCACAUUCUGCAUCAGCUUACUCAGCACCCACACACUCUGCACCAGCUUACUCAGCACCAGCACACUCUGCACCCGCUUACUCCGCUCCGGCCUACAACCCAACAUACUAAUUUAUUUAGUUGUGUACGUUACUUUCCACCAUUUUAAGGUUACAAGGCACCAUACAGCGCACCUGCCCCAGCCUACAAGCCAGCUUACUCCGCACCCGCUUACUCUGCACCCGCUCACUCUGCACCAGCAUACU